AUGAAUUCUCAGAUCACCCUUGUUAAUCCCCAGUUCAUCGAUGCCAACGAACCCGCCGAAGUCUUGAUUGUUUAUCCCGACAACCUGAAGAACACCAACAUAUUCCGAGCAGGAAACGAAGGACAGCCUCUGUACACAGUCAAGUCUAAUUUGGCCAUAACAGAGACAACAAUUACAACGCCGUUAGACGAUCCCGGAGUCCCAUUGGCAAAGAUAGAGAGGAGGGAAAUUGUUUCGGACAAAAUCACUAUCAGGGGCAGGGAGACUAUGAAGACGAAGAGUUGGCUGAAAUAUGGAGGGAUAUUUACAAUUAAAUUCCCUGCAACGUUCGAAGAAAAUGGAAGGAAGUACAUGUGGAAGUCAUCAAUAGUGAACCAAAUUUCGCUGUAUCUCGCAUCUGAUCCUGACCGUCCGAUUGCAUGGUUUGAGAAAUCCAGAAAGCGGGUGGUAGAUGGCGAGGUUGUGUUGCACAAGGCAUUUCUAGCACUACAGCCAGAAGCGAUGGAAAUCAGGGAUAUUGUGGUUCUAUCGUUUUUGAUUCUAGAACUAAAGAAUCGUAUGGGCCAAAAGGCCGAGGAAUUGAAUGUAGGCAGAGCAGUGGCUAUGGAUGUGGGAGACUGGGGUGUUUAG